AUGAACGCCCUCUUUCUCAUUGUUAUUGGAUCGCUGUGCGGUCUUGCUAAUGCCCUCACGAUUCCUCUCUCCGCACGCGAGCCGCACUUCGAUGCUCGGUCCCGUCACCUCCCAAUGAGGCUGGUUGGGAUGCAAAGUAUCAGCCAGACAAGUAAUGACGAUGUGAUCAACUUCUAUGACACUGUGUACGCGACGAAUAUGACUAUUGGUGGCCAAGAUCUGCUCAUUCAACUGGACACCGGAUCAUCCGAUCUCUGGGUGUCGCUGCCAUCCGGCCAGUUUGAGUUCACCAACGUCACGGACAUCACGGCACAAGAGACAUACGGGAUUGGCGCAGUCACCGGCACGAUUGUCUUCGCCAACGCGUCUCUGGGUGAUCACUUUGUCUACAACCAAGCCUUCAUCAACGCCACGAACGCCACGGACUUCGGUACGAUCUUCGGAGACAACGUGCGCGGUAUCCUCGGUCUGUCCUUCGAUGCAGGCUCCACCGUCGACGUCGACGUCGUCGAGGCCUUCGGUGCCAACUCCACCGCAGGCGUCUCCUUCCUCGUCAACCUCUUCCUGCAGAACCCAAACAUGUCGCACUUCUUCACCACGCAGCUCGGGCGUACAGAC